AUGACGCGCCGCAGAAUCAGCCCCGGACGCUUCUCUCCGCCGCAAUGCUUCCCGGACGCGGCUUACAGCUCCGAGCCCGAAGCGGCGGGAGGCGAGGGCUGCCUUGGCCGCCUCCAGCUGGCUCAAUUGUACCGCGACGAAGGCGGCAUGCUGUUGCCGCGGAAAGGCAAGUACAGGGGCGCUUCGCUCCCGCACACUAAGGCUCCGGCCAUCGCCACCGCCACUUCGGCCCGUCUGCGCCGCCCCACCUUGCCCCAACAGCACCAUUACCUCGCUCCAGCCGGCGAGGGCUGCGCUACUCCUUGCACCACUUCUUGUACCACCCUCUACGGCGGAGAUUUCCAGACCCAUCACGAGCUGCCCGGACGUUCUCCGACAGGCAGGUGCACCCGGGUGGAGGAGCUGCUCCGGGACGACCAAUGGGCCAGUCCUGUGACUAGAGCUCUGGAAUAUGGAACGGACUUUCCCACCGACAUCAGCAAGCCACCGUCAAUUUGCCCGUCUUCUUUUUCCUUCACUCAGAUCGACCAUAAAGCUUCUCCCAAGCUUGAGAAGAAGGAACCAAAAAGAAGGGAUUGGCAGGAGCCCUGCGACAGCAGCCCCAGCUUGGUAGACCUGAUGCAUUCCUUGAGGCAGUAUGAUGAGGAAGACCCAAUGGCUUAUUUGGCCCCUAACACUUCACAUCAUCACCGUCACCACAAUCACCACAAAACCAAGAAGGGAGAUGCUCAGGUCAGCCUCCAGGAUCUGACUGAGAAGAGAUAUGAAGACAUGAUUCCAGAAAGGGAAAAAAAGCUUGCUGCUUUGAUGUUAGCUAGGCAUCAGGAGGAGGAAGAGAUGAAGGAUAGGCAGCUCCAGGUCUCUGAGGCUUGGGAGAAGAUGAGGCGGAAGGAGAAGAAGCACAAAGCGAAGUUGGAAAAGGAGAGGCAAUACCAGUUGGCAGACAAUGUGGACCAAUGGCAGAGGGACCGGGAUCAAAGAAAAGCCAAGGCUAAGCUAGAGGAAGAGCAAUUAAUCGCCGCUAGGGAGAGGGAUAUUUUGUUGCGUGACAAGAAGUGGAAAAAGUUAGCUAAAGAGCAGGAGUGUAGACGUAGAGAGAAAUUUGAAAAUGCCAGGCUUCAGGCUGAGUAUAAGAAACGUUGCCAGGAAAAGCAAGUCUGGGAUAAACGGUUGAUGGAUCGAAAUGCCAAAGAUCAGAACUCUCAUGCAUACAAAGAGAAGAUGCUGCAGGCCCUGGAGAAGAGGCUUAUAAAGGAAAUGGAGAGAAAGAAGAGGAAAGUAGAACCGAAUGACUAUAAGAAACUCAAGCCCAUGCAGGUGAAAGACCCAGUUGAGGACAAGCUCAAAGCUGAUGAGUUGUACAAGAGGCUUUGCAUUGAACAAAAGCUUCAGAGGUCUCAGGAAAUCCUGGAGCAACUGCUGGAAGAAAGGAAUAGAGAACUAAAAGAAAAGUCAUACAAGGAAGAAGAGCAUGGCAUAGUAGCCAAGGCGAGAGCUAAAGAGACAGAAGAGGAAAAGAGAAGGCGCAAGGAGAUGUUGUUGCAAAUAGCUGAGAUGAAGAUACAGCAGGCCAGGGAAAUUAUGAGCAAAAAUAUGCAAGACAGAGCACAACAUAUAAAAGAAAUUAAUUGUGCCAAGGAAAGGAACCACCAUUGCCGUAAGCAGAAGCUUGAAUAUGAUGAAAAAUGCCACCUACGGGAAUUGCAGGAAGCAUUAAGAAGAAAAGAUAUGAAAAGCAAUCAGCUUCUAAGGUACAAGGAUGCAGCUAUUGAAGACUCUAGGAGAAUAGCCAGAGCACCAUAUUGCCUUAGAGACAAAAUGAGAGACCUGAUGAACCACAAUACAUUUGAUCCAAUGGCUUUAGAUGCCCACCGUAAUCCAAAUUGCCCUAGAGGCCUGUAGUGAAGU